AUGCAUGUGGUUCUUCAAAACUACGCAGGAUCUGUGUUUUGGAUUGGCCGGAGCCAGGUUGACAUCGCGCAUGAGGAUUCUGGUAUUCAGGCCAAUGCUGAGGCAGACCAAAACGAUUUCCUCUUUCGCAGGCUUUACGAGAAGAGGGAUAGUUUCAAUUUUGACAAUGAUAUAGCGUGGUUUGACGAACCUCAAAACCACGUGGGCUCACUAACAGCUGUCCUGGAGGGCGACAUUGAGUCCGUGGAAAAGGCAACAGGGCCUCAGAUAUGCACCCUCCUGGAGUCAUUUUCGCGCAUCGUUGGUGCCGUUGUCAUUGCGCUUUUUUUCGGCUGGAAGCUGGCCUUUGUUGUGGUUUGUUUCUUUCCCAUUAUGAUCAUUUCGGCUACGGUGAAGGGCCGAAUGUUGAGACGGAAAUCCCUAAAAACGGCACAGGUGUACGCUCUCUCCUAUGGUUUUACUCAAGGGGCUGUGGAAUACUUAGCAUAUGCGACGGCAUUUGGCUACGGAGCUUAUCUGGUUGAAAGAGAUGAAAUGGGACUCUUCAACGUUUUCAGGGUGUUUGCGGCUAUAGUUUUCACAGCUGCUGCUGUGGGAAGGGCCGAUGCUGUUACUAUUGACCUGUCCAAAGCCGAGCUGGCAGCAGGAAAAAUAUUCACUUUUCUAGACAGAAUUCCAUCCAUUGAUGUUGACAAGAAAUCAGGAAAAUAUCCCUUCUCCGGAAGGGUUAAAUUGAGUCAUGUGACAUUCCGAUACCCUGCUUGACCGGAUGCUGCCGUCCUCAACAACUUGGACCUGGAGGUUGCACCCGGAGAAACGCUUGCCCUUGUCGGCUCCAGUGGGUGCGGAAAAACGACUAUCUUACAACUCCUUGAGAGAUUUUAUGACCCAAUUAUGGGAGAUGUGGUUUAUGACAAUUACAAAAGCACAUACCUGAACCUCAACUGGCUUCGAUCUCAGAUCGCCAUCGUAUCGCAGGAGCCCGUGCUCUUUAACCACAGUAUAGCGGAAAACAUCGCCUAUGGAGAUACCAGUCGUGACGUCAGUCUAAGUGAGAUCAUCGAGUCAGCGCGAGCUGCCAACAUUCACUCGUUUGUAAGGACGCUGCCGUUGGGAUACGACACGCCAGUAGGUGAGAAAGGGAGACAACUCAGUGGCCGACAAAAACAGCGAGUGGCCAUUGCACGUGCGUUAAUCAGAAAUACUAAGAUCCUUCUCUUAGAUGAGGCAACUUCUGCUUUGGACUCCGAAGACGAAAAGAUGGUGCAGGAAGCCCUGGACAGAGCCCGUGAAGGCCGCACGUGUAUUAUAAUUGCCCAUCGAUUAUCAACUGUCCUCAACGCCAACCGGAUUGCCGUGAUUCAAAAUGGCCGAAUAGUAGAGCAGGGAUCACACCAACAACUGAUCUCCAAACAGGGGCAAUAUUACAACUUGUAUAUAUAA